GGUGGGCCGGGGCGGGGCCACCGCGGGGAGGACGGCGGCGGCGCUGCGACUUUUGAAGUCCAAACUGUCGUCGGGGCUGGUGCCGCGCGCUGCCGCUGGGCACCCGCUUCGCUUCCCGCGUCCUGCCUGACUGCCCGGGUCCCCGCGGGCCUUGGGUCGCUUUCAGGAAUUUAGAGAAAGCCAGGUCUUCACGUUCGUGUAGGUUCGAGACCUUAACGAACUGCAGAGCGCAACAAAGGGAACUAGAGCCCCGGCGCCUUCGCAGCCGGAGCGGAAGCCGGAGUUGUGGGAGGCCUGCGUGCCCUCCCCGCCCGUGGGGCCCAGACGCGCGGGGACACCCCCUCCCCUCCACGCAUCCCGAGUCUCUCUCUCCCUCCCUUGUCCUAGCCAUGGAAGGGCUGGAGGAGGCAGAGGCCAACUGCUCCGUGGCGUUCGCCGAGGCUCAGAGAUGGGUGGAGGCAGUAACAGAGAAGAAUUUUGAAACAAAAGAUUUUCGAGCCUCUCUAGAAAACGGUGUUCUGCUGUGUGAUUUGAUUAAUAAGCUUAAACCUGGCAUCAUUAAGAAGAUCAAUAGACUGUCUACACCAAUAGCAGGAUUGGAUAAUAUAAACGUUUUCUUGAAAGCUUGUGAACAGAUUGGAUUGAAAGAAGCCCAGCUUUUCCAUCCUGGAGAUCUACAGGAUUUAUCAAAUCGAGUCACUGUCAAGCAAGAAGAGACUGACAGGAGAGUGAAAAAUGUUUUGAUAACAUUGUACUGGCUGGGAAGAAAAGCACAAAGCAACCCGUACUAUAAUGGUCCCCAUCUUAAUUUGAAAGCGUUUGAGAAUCUUUUAGGACAAGCACUGACAAAGGCACUCGAAGACUCCAGCUUCCUGAAAAGAAGUGGCAGGGACAGUGGCUACGGUGACGUCUGGUGUCCCGAACGUGGAGAAUUUCUUGCUCCUCCAAGGCACCAUAAGAGAGAAGAUUCCUUUGAAAGCUUGGACUCAUUGGGCUCAAGGUCACUGACAAGCUGCUCCUCUGAUACCACGUUGAGAGGGGGGCGUGAAGGUUUUGAAAGUGACACAGAUUCGGAAUUUACAUUCAAGAUGCAGGAUUAUAAUAAAGAUGAUAUGUCGUAUCGAAGGAUUUCGGCUGUUGAGCCAAAGACUGCGUUACCCUUCAAUCGUUUUUUACCCAACAAAAGUAGACAGCCAUCCUAUGUACCAGCACCUCUGAGGAAGAAAAAGCCAGACAAACAUGAGGAUAACAGAAGAAGUUGGGCAAGCCCGGUUUAUACAGAAGCAGAUGGAACAUUUUCAAGUAAUCAGAGGAGGAUUUGGGGCACCAAUGUGGAGAACUGGCCAACUGUACAAGGAACUUCAAAGUCCUCUUGUUAUUUGGAAGAGGAAAAAGCAAAGACAAGAAGCAUACCCAACAUUGUAAAGGAUGAUCUUUAUGUGCGCAAGCUCAGUCCAGUCAUGCCAAACCCAGGGAAUGCUUUUGAUCAGUUUCUUCCCAAAUGUUGGACCCCAGAAGAUGUGAACUGGAAAAGAAUAAAAAGGGAAACUUAUAAGCCAUGGUAUAAAGAAUUUCAGGGAUUCAGUCAGUUUUUACUGCUUCAGGCCCUCCAAACAUACUCUGAUGACAUCUUGUCUUCUGAAACACAUACCAAAAUUGAUCCCACUUCUGGCCCAAGGCUCAUAACCCGCAGGAAGAAUCUCUCUUAUGCACCAGGCUAUAGAAGAGAUGACCUCGAGAUGGCAGCCCUGGAUCCUGACUUAGAGAAUGAUGAUUUCUUUGUCAGAAAGACUGGGGCUUUCCAUGCAAAUCCAUAUGUUCUCCGAGCUUUUGAAGACUUUAGAAAGUUCUCUGAGCAAGAUGAUUCUGUAGAGCGAGAUAUAAUUUUACAGUGUAGAGAAGGUGAACUUGUACUUCCGGAUUUGGAAAAGGAUGAUAUGAUUGUUCGCCGAAUUCCAGCACAGAAGAAAGAAGUGCCGCUGUCCGGGGCCCCAGAUAGAUACCACCCAGUCCCUUUUCCCGAACCCUGGACUCUUCCUCCAGAAAUUCAAGCGAAAUUUCUCUGUGUACUUGAAAGGACAUGCCCAUCCAAAGAAAAAAGUAAUAGCUGUAGAAUAUUAGUUCCUUCGUAUCGGCAGAAGAAAGAUGACAUGCUGACACGUAAGAUUCAGUCCUGGAAACUGGGAACUACCGUGCCUCCCAUCAGUUUCACCCCUGGCCCCUGCAGUGAGGCUGACUUGAAGAGAUGGGAGGCCAUCCGGGAGGCCAGCAGACUUAGGCACAAGAAAAGGCUGAUGGUGGAGAGACUCUUUCAAAAGAUUUAUGGUGAGAAUGGGAGUAAGUCCAUGAGUGAUGUCAGUGCAGAAGAUGUUCAAAACUUGCGUCAGCUGCGUUACGAGGAGAUGCAGAAAAUAAAAUCACAAUUAAAAGAACAAGAUCAGAAAUGGCAGGAUGACCUUGCAAAAUGGAAAGAUCGUCGAAAAAGUUACACUUCAGAUCUGCAGAAGAAAAAAGAAGAGAGAGAAGAAAUUGAAAAGCAGGCACAUGAGAAGUCUGAGAGAAGCUCUAAGACGUUUAAGGAAAUGCUGCAGGACAGGGAAUCCCAAAAUCAAAAGUCUACAGUUCCGUCGAGAAGGAGAAUGUAUUCUUUUGAUGAUGUGCUGGAGGAAGGAAAGCGACCCCCUACAAUGACUGUGUCAGAAGCAAGUUACCAGAGUGAGAGAGUAGAGGAGAAGGGAGCAACUUAUCCUUCAGAAAUUCCCAAAGAAGAUUCUACCACUUUUGCAAAAAGAGAGGACCGUGUAACAACUGAAAUUCAGCUUCCUUCUCAAAGUCCUGUGGAAGAACAAAGCCCAGCCUCUUUGUCUUCUCUGCGUUCACGGAGCACACAAAUGGAGUCAACUCGUGUUUCAGCUUCUCUCCCCAGAAGUUACCAGAAAACUGAUACAGUCAGGUUAACAUCUGUGGUCACACCAAGACCUUUUGGCUCUCAGACAAGGGGAAUCUCAUCACUCCCCAGAUCUUACACGAUGGAUGAUGCUUGGAAGUAUAAUGGAGAUGUUGAAGACGUUAAGAGAACUCCAAACAAUGUGGUCAGCACCCCUGCACCAAGCCCGGACGCAAGCCAACUAGCUUCAAGCUUAUCUAGCCAGAAAGAGGUAGCAGCAACAGAAGAAGAUGUGACAAGGCUGCCCUCUCCUACAUCCCCCUUCUCAUCUCUUUCCCAAGACCAGGCUGCCACUUCUAAAGCCACAUUGUCUUCCACAUCUGGUCUUGAUUUAAUGUCUGAAUCUGGAGAAGGGGAAAUCUCCCCACAAAGAGAAGUCUCAAGAUCCCAGGAUCAGUUCAGUGAUAUGAGAAUCAGCAUAAACCAGACGCCUGGGAAGAGUCUUGACUUUGGGUUUACAAUAAAAUGGGAUAUUCCUGGGAUCUUCAUAGCAUCAGUUGAAGCAGGUAGCCCAGCAGAAUUUUCUCAGCUACAAGUAGAUGAUGAAAUUAUUGCUAUUAACAACACCAAGUUUUCAUAUAACGAUUCAAAAGAGUGGGAGGAAGCCAUGGCUAAGGCUCAAGAAACUGGACACCUAGUGAUGGAUGUGAGGCGCUAUGGAAAGGCUGACUGGGGCAAAGACCAGCCUUCCCUGCCAUUUAUACGGCAUAAAACCCUCAAUCUCACCAGUAUGGCUACCAAAAUUAUAGGUUCACCUGAAACAAAGUGGAUUGAUGCAACAUCUGGAAUUUACAACUCAGAAAAAUCUUCAAAUCUAUCUGUAACAACUGAUUUCUCCGAAAGCCUUCAGAGUUCUAAUAUUGAAUCCAAAGAAAUCAAUGGAAUUCAUGAUGAAAGCAAUGCUUUUGAAUCAAAAGCAUCUGAAUCCAUUUCUUUGAAAAACUUAAAAAGGCGAUCACAAUUUUUUGAACAAGGGUCAUCAGGCUUUUCUUACAGUUCAUGGGUCUACCUCUGUGGAAGCUCUGAUUCGGUGGUUCCUGAUCUUCCAGUUCCAACCAUCAGUGCCCCGAGUCGCUGGGUGUGGGAUCAAGAGGAGGAGCGGAAGCGGCAGGAGAGGUGGCAGAAGGAGCAGGACCGCCUACUGCAGGAAAAAUAUCAACGUGAGCAGGAGAAACUGAGGAAAGAGUGGCAAAGGGCCAAACAGGAGGCAGAGAGAGAGAAUUCCAAGUACUUGGAUGAGGAACUGAUGGUCCUAAGCUCAAACAGCAUGUCUCUGACCACACGGGAGCCCUCUCUUGCCACCUGGGAAGCUACCUGGAGUGAAGGGUCCAAGUCUUCAGACAGGGAAGGAACCCGAGCAGGAGAAGAGGAGAGGAGACAGCCACAAGAGGAAGUUGUUCAUGAGGACCAAGGAAAGAAGCUGCAGGAUCAGCUUGUUAUUGAGAGAGAGAGGAAAUGGGAGCAACAGCUUCAGGAACAGCAAGAGCAGAAGCGGCUUCAGGCUGAGGCUGAGGAGCAGAAGCAUCCUGCGGAGGAGCAGAAGCGCCAGGCAGAGAUAGAGCAGGAAACAUCAGUCAGAAUAUACCAGUACAGGAGGUCUGUCCCCACAGCCAGAGGGCCUGUUGAUUCCUAUGAUAUACCAAAGACAGAAGAAGCAUCUUCAGGUUUUCUUCCUGGUGACAGGAAUAAAUCCAGAUCUGCUACUGAACUGGAUGAUUACUCCACAAAUAAAAAUGGAAACAAUAAAUAUUUAGACCGAAUUGGGAACACGACCUCUUCACAGAGGAGAUCCAAGAAAGAACAAGUACCAUCAGGAGCAGAAUUGGAGAGGCAACAAAUCCUUCAGGAAAUGAGGAAGAGAACACCCCUUCACAAUGACAACAGCUGGAUCCGACAGCGCAGUGCCAGUGUCAACAAAGAGCCUGUUAGUCUUCCUGGGAUCAUGAGAAGAGGCGAAUCUUUAGAUAACCUGGACUCCCCCCGAUCCAAUUCUUGGAGACAGCCUCCUUGGCUCAAUCAGCCCACAGGAUUCUAUGCUUCUUCCUCCGUGCAAGACUUUAGUCGCCCACCACCUCAGCUGGUGUCCACAUCAAACCGUGCCUACAUGCGGAACCCCUCCUCCAGCGUGCCCCCGCCUUCAGCUGGCUCCGUGAAGACCUCCACCACAGGUGUGGCCACCACACAGUCCCCCACCCCGAGAAGCCAUUCCCCUUCAGCUUCACAGUCAGGCUCUCAGCUGCGUAACAGGUCAGUCAGUGGGAAGCGCAUAUGCUCCUACUGCAAUAACAUUCUGGGCAAAGGAGCCGCCAUGAUCAUCGAGUCCCUGGGUCUUUGUUAUCAUUUGCAUUGUUUUAAGUGUGUUGCCUGCGAGUGUGACCUCGGAGCUUCUUCCUCAGGAGCUGAAGUCAGGAUCAGAAACCACCAACUGUACUGCAACGACUGCUAUCUCAGAUUCAAAUGUAAGACAGCAAAUCAGAGAGAAAAUUUCUUGCCUUUUAAGGAGGCCACGGGUUCCCAUGCAUUUCCCUGAACCUGCAGCGAGCUCCCCUCCAAGUUCACUGCCAUAGGAUUCCAGGUUUCAAGAAUUGUAGUGUGUUCCCUUCAAAGAGUGUGUAUAGUGAAUUGGUCACUGUUCAGGGUUCCAGCUACACAGGAGUAGGUUGUAGGACCAAGGAAUGGAGAGGAACAGUGUCCAAAAGUCAGGAUGGUGUCUUGUGUCAUCUGCCCAGAGUCCACAGAGACCUUUAAUGACUCAAGAAUACAAACAAACCAAAACACUUAAAUGAAUCUUCUAUGUAGGAUUUGUUUCUUGACUAAAGAUUGGUCCUUCAUCAACUUCUAUUAUUUAACAAUGGGCUUUGAUUAUGUGAUUUAGAAUAUGACCAACUUUAAAAAAUAUUGUUCUAUGUAAUAUAAAAUAAGUCAGUUUAUGCUUUAUGUUAAUAUAUGUCAAUAUAUAAUUUUAAAAGGAAAGUAUUAACUAUGGUGUUUCAGUGUCAUUUUUGGAAAAAAUGAGUUUUUCAAAAAACUUCAAAUGCUACUUUGCAUCUAAGCAUGUGUUUGUGUGUUAUAAAAGGUAGGCUAGCAUAACUAGGUUGUGUGUUGUGUAUAGCUACAGCAAGACAAGUAUUACUGCUGUUUUAUAUUUUAAACCUUGAUGCUGGUAACAUGUGUUUCUUCCUUAUUGUGAAAGGGUGUUACAAGUGGUAUCAGCAAAACCAUUUGCUUUUGAACUCUGAGGUAUUUAUAUGGCCCCUAUGUGAAGAGUGCUUUGGAAAUGGUUUAAGCCCAGUCAACUCUCUUUUAUCUGUCCGUGGGUUCUGAGCCUUCCUGCUGCAGCUGUCCAGUCCUUUCCUGGAUGCUGACACUGAGGUUGGAGAAAGUCAAGGCUGGGCAUGUACUGGUGGGGGGUGUGUGUAUGUGUGUGUGUUUUUCUCUCUCUCAUCAAAUUCCAAAGCCAAAUAGAAAUGAUUUCUGGAAUCAUCAUUGUAAAAUUGCCCAUGCCUUUUCUCUCCUCCAAAACAAAUAAUAGAGAGUUGAGUGUAAUUUAUUUCUAUUGUGAGCAGUUCAUUUUUACUCCAUUUUUACAAAUAAAGAAUUCCAGAGACGAGACACUGAGACUUGCCUAGCUUUAUCCUAAGAGUGAGUGACAGGUUACUCUUUCUACCUCAUUGGGCCACUUUCUGAGUGAUGACUGCUAUGUAUCCCAGGUGGCAAUAUUCACGUUUCUGAAUCUAAGCACUUUUCUUUCUUUUCUCCUUGCCCGAUCAGCUGGACGGCCAACCGCCAUGUGAUGUAAGCCUCCAUACGAAAGCACUGUUGCAGAUAGAAGAAGAGGUGGUUGCUGCUCGUGUAGAUCUAUAAAUAUGUGUUGUAUGUCUUUUUUGCUUUUUUUUUUUUAAAAAAAAGAAUAACUUUUUUGCCUCUUUAGAUUACAUAGAAGCAUUGUAGUCUUGGUAGAACCAGUAUUUUUGUUGUUUAUUUAUAAGGUAAUUGUGUGUGGGGAAAAGUGCAGUAUUUACCUGUUGAAUUCAGCAUCUUGAGAGCACAAGGGAAAAAAUAAGAACCUAAGAAUACUUUUGAGGCAGAUAAUGAUCUAGUUUGACUUUCUAGUUAGUGGUGUUUUGAAGAGGGUAUUUUAUUGUUUUUUUAAAAAAGGUUCUUAAACAUUAUUUGAAAUAGUUAAUAUAAAUACAUAAUUGCAUUUGCUCUGUUUAUUGUAAUGUAUUCUAAAUUAAUGCAGAACCAUAUGGAAAAUUUCAUUAAAAUCUAUCCCCAAAUGUGCUUUCUGUAUCCUUCCUUCUACCUAUUAUUCUGAUUUUUAAAAAUGCAGUUAAUGUACCUUUAUUUGCUUGAUGAAGGGAGCUCUAUUUUCUUUACCAGAAAUGUUGCUAAGUAAUUCCCAAUAGAAAGCUGCUUAUUUUCAUUAAUGAAAAAUAACCAUGGUUUGUAUACUAGAAGUCUUCUUCAGAAACUGGUGAGCCUUUCUGUUCAAUUGCAUUUGUAAAUAAACUUGCUGAUGCAUUUAA